GGUGUUGUGAGUGGUGUCUCGCUCAGUUGCCGUCUGGUUUUUAAGCAGAACGGGCAAAAAGACAGACGACGGUCGCAGCGAGUUCGAAUAUCGAAAAUUGGGGAGAAUUGCGAGCUGAAACCGAAGCCGAAAACUCAAGCUGAAAACUGAAAAACGAAACUGUUUCUGUGUGUGUGCGUGUGUGUGUAUGCUUAAUACUUAUAAUAAUAAAAAUAAACAAAAACUACGUCAGAGCACUACAAACAAAAGAUAUGAACAUGCCGCUGUCGCAGUCAGCGUCGCAGUUGACGUCGCUGCCAAGCAAUUUUGUAAUGAGCCAAAAACGCGGUGGAUUUACUUUGGAUGCCAACACAAUGGGCUUGUCGACAUCCAAACCGCCAAUUGCCACAACGCGUGGCAUGCAGCAAGCAAAGGACAAGCUGGAGAAGGAGACGAAGAAGGAGCAGAAGGAGGAGGAGCAAAAGAGGGAUAAAGAGGAGAGAGUUGAGGCAGCUGCCACAGAUGCCAUAACAGGUCACAGUCAGUGCAAUCCCAAUACAGAACCUUUGCCAACGGAACACUUUUGUAGCAAGGUGCAAAAGUUGCGCGAUAUUUGCGGCGACGGGGCAAGAUUGAACUUUGAAAUGAAUGAUAUAUUUCUGAAGCGACUACAAUCGAUCGAUCAGCAAUGCGGUGGCGAUUCAGCAGAACUGUUGCGGCUGGUGACGUUGCAGGAUUGGGUGGAUCAGUUGCUGCAUGUGAACUAUGUGCUCUUUGACGACAUGACUGCUAUGGAAAUGGAGGCGUAUAAGAAGAUAAUGGUCUGCUUCCAGUCGAGUCGUGGGGAGCAGCAACAGGCGCUGGAUGAGAAUCGUAAGCUGCGCAAGGAUAUGUGUGCCAUCAUCAAGUUCGUCCAGGAGGCCUAUCAUCGCAAUAAUUGGAACAUCAACGAUAUGUGUCUGGAAACUCUGUCGGUCAAUCAUUUAUUGGGUUUACAGGACUGUCAAUGUCCCGAGAGCGAAUCAGAGAAGGUUGCCGAGUGCAUGAAAUCCCUUGCCAAAGAAGUGGCUGUCAAACAUGAUGAGAUCUGUCAUCUGCAGGCCCAACUGGUGGCAAUGGAUGGAGUCGUCCAGACGGCCCGACAAAAGAUCAUGCUUAAGGACGAGUGCAUAGCACAGUUGAAUCAGCAACUGGAAGAAUUGCAGGAUUGUGUGUCCAAAAUGACGAAGGACUCCAGUAAGGAUGCAUUGCAGGAGGAUCAGUCUAUAUAUAUUGAUUUGGAUUUGGGCAACUUGGAUGCCUCCAGCUGCCUGUUUGAGAGUCUCAACGACAAGGAUCAACAGGAGUGCGAACUUUUGCGUAUGCUCAACUUUGAGCUGUCCGAGUUUAUAAAUCUGGUCAACAAACAGGAUUUUUCAGCCAUAGAACGACGUCGCAAGCUGCUCUCCUGUUUCUUUGAAAAAAUUAACUUGGAACGUUUGAAUACUCUACACAAAUUGGAUAAUCUUCGUUGCCAGCUGAGAAAUUUGGAUUGCAGCAUCGAUGAGCUGAACGAACCGAUUGCUGCCAGUACAAAGAUCCUUGGAGACGAUGGCGAUUCAAAGCUUGUGGAGUCACUUCGUCGUCGGCUGCGAUCCUUAAGCGAAUGCAACAAGGAACUUAAUUCUAGAUAUCAGCAACAAGAAGUAUCAUACAAAGUUAAACUUUUGGAGAUGCAGUACACUUAUGAGGCCGAACGAUCCAUAAAUCAGAAGAACUGUCAGGCCCUGAAAGAAAUAGCCGAUCUCAUAUCCAAGCUGCGCUGCUCGGAUUUAUCAUAUGAGGAGAUCUAUAACGAAACAUCGACCAGAAAUCCGUUCUGUGUGGCCAUUAUGGAGAUGUACGACAAAUUAAAUGAGCUGGAGAACAGUACGGAUAAGGAGGAACUACGCCUAAAUAAUGAACGUCUGGUAUGUCAAAUAGAAAGUCUCAAAAGUGCUCUGGAGGAUCGGGAAGAGAAAAUCCAAGAGUUGCGCACAGUGGUCAAUGGAUAUGCUGAUAUAAGUGAGACGAAUCGACUCAAGGAUGAAAUAUCUUCGCUUAAGCAGAGGAAUACUGAACAGGCGCAAAAGGUGUGUGAAAUAGCAAGACUACUAAAGAAGCAGGAGGAAGAGCGUCAGAAACUGUGUAGCAACUAUGAAAAUCUUAUGAAUACCUCGGAUGAUCAGUGUAAGGAUCUAAGACGAGCGAAUCGGGAAGUACAAAGUCUGCAGGAUCGUUUGAGUCAGGUGGAAAAGACACAAGAGGAGCUCAGAACUGAGCGAAAUUUGUUGCGUGAGGAGAUCAUUGCGCUUAAGGAGAAGGAAGCCAGGAGCGCAGGACGGGAACGAGCGUUAAAUGAUCAACUGAAGUGCCGUCAACAGGAGCUGGAGAAAUCGCGGAUUCUGCUUCGGGAUAUGCACAAUCAUUUGAAGCAGGAGGAGCGACAGCACAAGGAUACCGUGGGACGUCUAUGCCAAGCGAAUGAGGAGGUCCGACUGCAAUUGAAGGCCGUGUCCUGCGAGUGCAAAGAGAUGCAGCUAAAGCUGAAACAGCAGACAAGCGUGACAGAUCAACAGCAGCUGAUAAUAGAGUCGUUCCGCAAGUGGAAGGAUGCCCAGGUCAGAUCGGAUGAGGCGGUGCGUCAGUGCAUUAAACGGGCCGAGGAACACAUUAAUGCUCUGCUCGAGGAGAAUCAGCGUCUCACCGAGGAAUACCGGCGUCUAUAUGGAGACUAUUGUGUCCUGGAGAUCGAGAUGCGGCGUAUCAAGAACGCCGUUAAUAUUCGAUUGACAUCGGGAUGCGAACAACCGGAGGUUGUCCUCAGGGGACAGAAGGUGCACGAGGAAAUGAUCAAACGUUUGAGAUAUAUGCGUCUCACCUCGCAGCGACUUUCCGAGCAGGUGAGAACCCUCAACACCUCCCCCCGGGAUCUGCACACUCCCACAACAUAUCGAAGUACUCCGACGACAACCUCCGAGCAACAACAAUUUCAGCAACAGCAACAACAGCAAACAUUAUCCAACAAUUCCUGGCAAUUGCAUCGUCCACAUUAAAUUGCAUAUGUAUAUUUAUAUAUAGGUACAUUUAUAUGGAAUAUCGCAGCAUUACGAGUAAUUCAUCCCCUCUUUCACUUUCUUUCUGUUCGAUUCACAAUUUCCAUUUUGAAACUACACAUUCGGCCAAUAAUUGUAAAUUGAAAGUUGUAAGUGUAAAAUGUAGUAAAUAAAUUACUUAUAUAUGCUUGUGUAUA